CCAGUACAUAAUAUCAGAACUUUUGCUACUGAACACACAGGACUACCUUAACUGCAUGGUGUGGCUUCUUUUUUUUUAAUUUUGUGCAAGUAGUUUGGGAUUUUAGCAUUCAGGAAGAGGACACAGUAAAGGAGGAGACGCCUCCUUGCAACAAACUCAUUGACUGGUUAUAAAUAUACAGGCAAUUUCCGAAGAAUAGCCUGUGGCCAAGAAUCACAAGUUGUUGCCAGAAUAAUAUGCGAACAGAUCAUGAAGAACUCUGCGGCAGUAGUUAUGGAUCCUUCUGUAUGAAUGGCGGAAUUUGUUAUAUGAUUCCUACCGUGUCCAGUCCUUUUUGCAGGUGCAUUGAGAAUUAUACAGGAGCUCGUUGUGAAGAAAAUUUGCUCCCCAGCAUCAAGAACCAUACAAGAGGUGAACUGUUUGCCGCUUUUUUGGCGUCAGUGGUUGUUCUGAGCGUCUUGGUAGCUGGAGCGAUCUUCCUUCUGUGCAGGAAGGGCCAUAUUCCGCGGGCCAGUUCCAUAGAGCGUGGAGACAACCUGAUUGAGGCAAGCGGCAGCAAUGGUUGCAACAAGAUAAAGGAAUAAAGGAAUCAAAGCAAGAGACAAUGGGAAAGCAGCAAUCGAAGCGGGGCUAGAGAAGCUAAUACCACGUUGGAGAAUAUGGAAACCAUAACCCUGUUCCCAGAGUCUGCAAAAGAAGACCAUGUUGCUCAUUUUUUACAGGACCAAAUAUACAAGCAUAAACGUACAUUGCUUACGUUAGCACAGUUGCCACACCUAGAAUGCCAGAGGUAUGUGAAGGCACUCAGACAUCAGUUACAACCAAUUUUAGCUGCAGUUGUUAAAAUAAGAGAAAAGAGAAAAGAUCUCUGGUAAUAUUGAAAUUUCACUGUGUUUUACCUGUUUGUUUUUAUCAAGGUGCAAAUGAGAUGUAUUAUUUUCCCCAGACAGGGCAAAUAAGAAGGCCUUUGACUGUGUGGAAUUGACUGUUAUGUCGGAGGGCAGGCUUAGAAAACAAAUUAGAAUGGAUCUUAUACGAGUUUCCACAAGCUAGAAGCCGUAAAAGACUCUCAGAGCCUUCACGAUGUACAUAGACUUAUCUAUUUGUCCAGUUUUGUUUGAACUAAUCAGAUACCUGUCAGAUGGCCAGAGGACUUCAAGAAAUUCAGUGGUCAAGCCAAUGUCAAUCCAUCCAAAGUUCCAUUUUGUGAAUAAAACUUGUCCUUCUCUCGUCAAAGAUCUAUUCAGCAUCUCUCAAAAAGGUUACAAACAUUGUUUCACAUUAUAUCAGCAAAUGUCAGACUAGGAGACAAAAUAAUCAAGAGCAGGAAAAAUGUACCUAAUUUUGGGGGAUCAUUCUGUACUUCUGCACAUCUGCAAGUCCACCUGACCUGGAAAUGCCCAUGCUGCUCUUUCCUUUAAAUUAUUAAAGAAGGUAUUGUCUU